AUGUUCAGCAAACCACAACGGCAGGCACCAUGGACGCCCAUUGUUGCCGCGUCUACGGCCCUGGGCCUGGCGCUCUACUACCUACAUUCGCGCACAGCACCAACAACACCCGCCCCAGGACCGACGCAAGUCAGCGAAGAACAGCCGUGCCAAGCCUCAGUCGCAGAGCACCAAUCAGACGCAAUGAACCCAGAGGAGAGAGCGUAUCAUGAGCGCUUCAUGCGGGAGGCCAUCGCCAUGGCCGAGCUUGCUCUGAAGAGUGAUGAAACACCAGUCGGCUGUGUCUUUGUCAAGGACGGCGAAAUCAUCGGUCGUGGUAUGAAUGAGACGAAUCGCACCUUGAAUGGCACCCGUCACGCCGAGUUCGUUGCGAUUGCCGGCAUCUUGUCCAAGAGCCCCGUCAAGAUUCUCAACGAGACCGAUCUCUAUGUCACCGUUGAGCCUUGUGUCAUGUGCGCCUCCAUGCUUCGACAGUACGGUAUCCGCGCCGUCUACUUUGGCUGCUGGAACGAGCGCUUUGGAGGGACAGGGGGUGUCUUGAACAUCCACUCCGACCCUAGCAUCGACAAGCCAUACCCGGUCACCGGUGGCAUCUUCAGGGAGGAAGCGAUUAUGCUGCUGAGGAAGUUCUACGUUCAGGAGAAUGAGAAGGCCCCAGAGCCUAAGCAGAAGAAAACCAGGGAACUGAAGACGGAGAUCCUGCCAAUGGACAUUCAUGCGCCCAAGUCAACCCCUUCGCCAGCUCUGCCCACUCUUCCUAUUCGACAGCCUGGUGUGGCGACCCCAGUCCUGACCUGA